UUCUGCAGAACAUGAUAGCCACACAAUUUGUGUUGGAGCGAAUUCGGCUCCUCUUGAAAUACAAACAAGAAUAACCGAAUGUGUUGUGCGAAUCAGUACAUUUAAAUACAAGAAGGGCAAGAUAUGUAGCAAAUCAAGUCGUCGUACAUUGGUGUUGUUGCACCGUAGACAAGAUAAGUGGAUAGGCGGACAGACAGCAGGCUGAUUGUCCCGUUUGCGCUCUUGCUUUGGUUGGACUAUCUUCCUUAUCACAGAGGACGAGUUGGAACUAAAUACGGAAUUCCAUACUGAUUGAUCAGCAACUGCUCUCUUUUGCCUAUUCUGAUGUGGGUGCAGUGUUAUUGAAAUGGACUGGGUCCCCUUUGCGUGGUUUCAGGUGUUUUUGGAAUUUGUAGGGUAUAUAAUCUAGGUUUCGAUUUAGUUUACUAUUUGAGCAAGGCCAUUGAACUGAUCCGAUGAAGUUAUUCCGGUCGUCUUUUCGAUUAAACUAACCAUUCGGUGCAUUCCAAACCUCACUUUUGACAUGACGUUGACCAUUCUUUUGAACUAUGUGUUCAAAUUGAGUGUGGGUGAAUAUUCCAUACAAUUAUUCUAGUUUUGUAGCGGUUUGACUCUAAACAACUAGUGGACCCGAAACCUUAAAGUGUCGUGUCUAUGAACGGAUUUAUUCCCUUUAUAUUGAAUUUAUUGCCGUUUUUACCCCAUUGCACAGUCUACUACCUCUACUGGUGGCAAACUGAAAACCACAAGGCUGCUGCUCCUAUUUUCGUGUGCCCAAAUUGUUGCGCGCAGCAGACGUUCUUUUUCUCUCUCUUCGGACAAUAAUCUGCCCGCUUUCUCUCUACGUAUGAUGUAUGAGAGUGUGGACGUCGUGGGACUGAAUCCCAGCCCGAACCCGUUUUUAAUGAUGGAUUACUACAACCAGAGCAGAGGAUGUUUGAUCCCAGAGAAAGGACUUGUGCCCGGAGCACCCCAUCACUACAGCACGUCCAUCAGAAACCAACACUGGAACGGCUCGAAUCACUCGAUAGAGACACAGAGUACCAGCUCAGAGGAGAUAGUGCCAAGCCCGCCAUCACCCCCUCCUCCCCCGCGGGUCUAUAAGCCCUGCUUCGUGUGCCAAGACAAGUCCUCAGGAUACCACUAUGGAGUCAGUGCCUGCGAAGGCUGCAAGGGCUUCUUUCGGAGGAGCAUCCAGAAGAACAUGGUGUACACAUGUCACCGGGAGAAGAACUGCAUCAUCAACAAGGUCACCAGGAACCGCUGCCAGUACUGCCGGCUGCAGAAAUGCUUGGAAGUGGGCAUGUCCAAGGAGUCUCCUCGCUCCAGCUCCAAAGGCGGGAUGGUGUUGAGCCCCCAGCCGCUGCCCCCACCAUUGGAGACCGGGAGGGGACAGACUGGGGGGCCAGGGGCAGACAGGGCAGCUCCCCCGGCGGUGAGGAACGACCGGAACAAGAAGAAGAAGGAUGACAAGAAGCCGGAGUGCACAGAGAGCUACGUGCUGAGCACGGAGACGGAGCAGAUGAUCAACAGGGUCAGCAAGGCGCAUAAGGAGACCUUCCCUUCGCUCUGCCAGCUGGGCAAAUACACUACGAGUAACAGCUCAGAGCGGCGUGUGGCUCUGGACGUGGACCUGUGGGACAAGUUCAGUGAGCUGUCCACCAAGUGUAUCAUCAAGACGGUGGAGUUUGCCAAGCAGCUUCCUGGCUUCACCACGCUCACCAUCGCUGACCAGAUCACCCUGCUCAAGGCCGCCUGUCUGGACAUACUGAUUUUGCGGAUCUGCACGCGCUACACGCCGGAGCAGGACACCAUGACAUUCUCGGAUGGCCUGACGCUAAACCGUACCCAGAUGCACAAUGCCGGCUUCGGACCUCUCACCGACCUGGUGUUCGCCUUCGCCAACCAGCUCCUCCCCCUGGAGAUGGAUGAUGCUGAGACGGGACUGCUCAGCGCCAUCUGUCUGCUGUGUGGAGAUCGGCAGGACCUGGAGCAGGCAGACAAGGUGGACGUACUACAGGAGCCCCUACUGGAGGCUCUGAAGAUCUACGUGAGGAAGAGGAGGCCUCACAAACCACACAUGUUCCCCAAGAUGCUGAUGAAAAUCACCGACCUGAGGAGCAUUAGCGCCAAAGGAGCCGAGCGUGUCAUCACCCUGAAGAUGGAGAUCCCGGGCUCCAUGCCCCCUCUCAUCCAGGAGAUGCUGGAGAACUCUGAGGGUCUGGAGAGCGGGGCCACGGGCGCCCGGACCAGCGGAGCCCCCCCAGGCAGUUGCAGCCCCAGCCUGUCCCCCAGCUCCGCCCAAAGCAGCCCCAGCCCCACCACACAGUCGCCGUAGCAAGCCCUCCUUUUUCCUCAUUCAUCUCGAUCUCCCUGUGGUUGGGGGGGGGUCCUCGCUGGACACAGAGACUGGCGUGCUCUUGAGUGUUCCUCCUCCCAUGUGACACACCCUCUCCUGCUCCUCCCCCUCAAAGACACUGUCUGGAAAAUGGUGGAAAGGUGGUGGCAGGAUUUCUCUGAAUGACCAUACUGGAACACUGCUGACAUCUCCUCCGUUCCUUGCCUCCCCCCUCACACCUCUCUCUCUCCACCUCUACCUGAAAGACUGAGGGAAGGAACAGGAAGGAGCAGUCAGAGCUGUGGACACUGGUCCACUCAGAGGGGCUGGCGGGAAAGGGGGACAGACAAACGGACAGGACAAGCAGACAGACUAACACCAGACACGUUUUGGGUUUCUCAGAGGAGGACUGCAGGCAAGGACUUGUCAAAGAAGACCACACCAAAAGACUGGGUCUUUCUCCUUUUCCAACUUUGAAAAACAGAUUUCGUACAAAAGAUAUAUAAAUAUAUAUAGAAAAGUAAGGAAUUAUUGUGAUUGACUUGUACAUGAUAGAAUAACAGGUUGAGAAGAUUUUUUAUUUUUUUUGGAUUAAAUGCUCUUAUAUUCGUCCACUGUUUUAAUCGUUUCAUAUCCAUGAGAGUAUCAAAGGAGAAAUGUUCCAUUGUUUUAUCACAUAACGAUGUUGUUAUAAUUAACAAAAGUAAAGAAGUUGAAAUUACUUUUUCAAUUUACAGACACACACAGACAUACACAGAAAUCUGCACAGAAAAGAGUUGCGAUUAUUAUCACACACUAUUCCAGGUUGGGUUUGUUUUCCUUCUCCUUUUUCUUUGCUGCAAUGAGAAUGGGAAAAAAUGAUUGUAUGAACUUGGUUGUAUGUUAUGGUCACAGGUCCUUCAAGAUAUCAAAUUAAUGAAGAUUCUUUAUUUUAAGUUGCCUUUGAGUUCAUGUAUAUAAGCUGUACUCAUUUCUUUAAACUAUGAAAAGUUUAGCCUUAACCUGAAUUUUUUUUUUUUACUAAAAAAACGAAUACCUUUUGUGUUUUGUUUAUACAUUUCUGUUUCAAGAAAAAAACUUUGAGCACAUUUUACUGAAGGACACUCAUCCAUGUUUGUUUGUCCCGUUAAAUGACGGACCGGUCCAUAUUUAUCACUAUGAUUCUCACAAACAGCACCCACAAUUUAGUUCAUUCUCACCCCUUAAAUUACAACAGAUUUCCAUGAAUAAAAAAGAAAAGAAAAUCAUAGCACUCAAAUUGGGGCUUUAUGAUGAUUUGUAGCUGAAGAAAGAUGGGGGUUUUGGGGUUGCCUAACGACUCACCCUGAAUUUAUUUCCGCUGCUUUAUCAAUCACUACAUACAUUGAGUCUGAAACUACCAUCCUAGGAGUUGUUUGUGUGACUUCAAAAUGAGGGGCAUUGUACAGCACAAAUUCCUAAGCGAUUGGAUGGUCUCUAACAAAUCUAACUAAUCAAAGUUGAUAACAUCUUCAUGUAGGCUGGCUCUGACCCAACCCAUCUGUUUCUGGGACCAGUCAAAACAGUCAGUGUUCGCGUUCUAGAAAUCAUUGGGGAGGGAGGCAAAUCCAGACUCAUUGUGGAGGAGAAACGUCAGUUGGCCGGAGCGGUGUGGAUGGGUAGCAAGGCAAGGUUUAGGGAGUUGGAUGGUUAAGAUCCAGGUGCUGGGUUCGUCCAGCAAGGCACAGAGACUAGGCAGUAGGCGCACAGCAUGGUUUUCAAAUGGAUUACAAUGUGAAGGAUGGAGUACAGUACACUGUAUUUUCAAGAAGUGAUUAGUAUAAGAAGCUCCAAAAUGAUAUGUGGUUGGGGGAGUGGACACUUGAGUAAUCUAGUGUUCCCGCUUGAUGGUGAAAGAAGUUGGCUAAAGUUGCCCUUGUUCACUAUGCUUUUACAACUACAGUGCAUUCGGAAAGUAUUCAGACCCCUUCACUUUUUCCACGUUACGUUA